AGUCUUGCAUCAGGUCUUGGAAGUCAGAGUAACGCGUCCCUCGACCUCACCGUAGUGGAAGGACCUUGGAUACCCCGAUAGAGAGAGUGAUGGGCGUGGGCUGGCGUAUGUGGGCGUGUGUGGCGGUGGUGGGCGUGUGUGUCCUGCCCGCCCACACACUCGACUGGGGGAAGUCCCUGUGUAACCUGGAGGAGGCGGACAAAACGUGGCUACAGGAGUUGUCUGCUGAGGCAGAGGCGAGAGCCAGCGCGAGUAUGGCGGCGCUGCAGCAACAGAUGAGUCAAGUCCUGGCGUUUAUGGAGGAAUUUAAGAGGAGUGAAGACGUCUGGCUGGCUCUGUCUACCGGCGCAGGUAUUGUGGAGAGAGAUUUAUCAAACCAGCAGGAGAAAGAAGAAGAAAAGGAAGAUGAAACAACGACACAAGAGCCAAAAGAGGAAAAAGAAGAACAGAAGGAAAAGGAGAAAGAAGAGAUAAUCCGACAUAAUGAAGAGGAAGAUACAGGUCCUAAGAAAGGAGAAUGUCGGGCUGAGGUGAUGGAUGACCACACGACUAUCGGUAUGUUCUAUAUGAUGUCUUAUAACCAUGGCCACUGUUCUAAUAGACACCCCAUCACCGUGCCCAUCCGCUACUGUCUGGGCUACUGCGCCACCAAGACCUUUAUAGAGCGUAAGGCGGGAAUCUGGAGUCAAGGUAACGACUGUAAGAGCUGUCAGCCAGGAGCCAUUGAGACGAUUCGCAUCCCUCUGGUGUGUGAUGAUGGUUUUACCUUUAAUAAAUCCUUUGAUAAUGUUGUCGACUGCAAGUGUCAGGGCUGUGAGGCGGUCAAGAACUAGAUUACUUGUGAUAUUCCUCCAAGACUUCACUAUUACGUCAUUAACACUCCAUAAUAACACCACUAGCACAUCUCUAACACACACUGACGCACCAUUAACACACCUCUAACACACACUAACGCACCACUAACACAUCUCUAACACCACUAAC